AUGCAAAAACUUGCAACAAACAAGGAACAAUCCCCCAGAACCGACUACGAGUACGAGAAAAAUAUAAAUCUCAGUAUCCAAUGGAAUCGUUGGUUGUUGAAACCGAUGGGUCUUUGGCCAAACUCACGUACCACCACCAGAUCCCGAAAAAUCCUCUACAAACUGAUAAACGCCUUAUGCUACGGUUUGAUAAGCUUUCUAUUCGUACCGUGCUCCAUGUACGUGUUCCUCGAAGUUGAAGAUCUCUACGACAAGUUGAAACUGUUCGGUCCGUUGAUCUUCUGCGUGAUGGCGUUCGUCAAGUAUUACUCUCUGAUCGUUCACAAGGCGGACAUUCGCGAGUGCGUGAGAAGAAUCGAACGGGACUGGAGGAAUGUCAGAUGCGAGAAAGACAGGGAGGCGAUGAUAGUGAACGCGAAUUUUGGCCGUAAAUUGGUCCUACUCUGUACCUUCUUCAUGUACAGCGGUUUCGUUUUUUAUUACAUCGCUAUACCGAUCAGCGUGGGGAGAAUUCUAUCGGAGAAUGGAAACCUUACCUUUAUUCCGUUGGUGUUUCCUUUUACGAAGUAUAUCAUCGAUACUCGUUACACUCCUACGAACGAAAUUGUGUUUUUCCUUCAAUUGAUCGCUGGAGCUUUGAUGCACGGAAUCACGUCGGCUGCUUGCAGUUUGGCGGCAGCUUUCGCGGUUCAUGCCUGCGGCCAGAUCGAGGUGUUGAUGAACUGGCUGCAACAUUUAAUCGACGGUAGAGCGGAUAUGAGCGAUACUGUGGAUGGUAGAAUCGCGAGCAUCGUCAGUCAACACGUUCGGAUAUUAAAAUUUUUGACGCUCACAGAGAGAACCCUCCAGCAAAUCUCUUUCGCUGAAUUUCUAGGAUGCACCAUGGACAUAUGUCUCGUUGGAUAUUACAUUAUCGUGGAAUGGAAAUCGAAUGAUGUAACGAGUGCAGUGACAUACAUCAUUCUACUUAUAUCCCUCACUUUCAACAUUUUCAUAUUUUGCUACAUAGGAGAGAUCGUUGCUGAACAGUGUAGGAAAAUUGGAGAAAUGUCGUACAUGAUCGAAUGGUACCGAUUGACAGGAAAGAAAAAGCUCUGGAGCGUUUUGACAAUCGCUAUGUCGAAUUCCUCGAUAAAAUUGACAGCCGGAAAUAUGGUCGAAUUGUCUAUCAGCACUUUUACCGACGUCGUUAAGACUGCAGUCACGUUUCUGAAUGUACUACGAACAUUGACUUGA